AUGCGCCCAUUCUGUGAGGGGGGAAAUGGAAAAAGUCUCAAGGCUAUGAUACAGGGUCAUGAGACUCUGAAAGCAGAACUCAGUGAUCUUCGCACAGCGUAUAACACCAACCUCCGCGCUCUGGCCCAGCAGCAGAUCGACUGGGAUACUGAGCGCUCCUGUCUUCAGGAAGACAACGAGCAAAAAAUCAAGGCUCUCAUUGAGGCCAAAAAACAUGCGGAGGGUACUGCUACAAAACUCCGCGGCGAGAAGGAAGCAAUGCAAGUGCGCAUGGAAGGCAUGGGCAACAAGAACAACGCACUUAAAGAUGAGUUGCAAGUAUUGAAACAGCAGCAUGAUGCAAACCUCGAGGAGUUGAACAAUGUUCAAGAAUCUCUUACCACUGUUCGAUCUUUCCUGGUUCCGCUGCGGGCCUUAGAUGAGACUGGCAGAGUCACAAUUCAUGAUGGCUUUGCAGAUCUAUUCCAGAGCGCAAUGGAUCUGUGUCAGUCCGCUCUCUAUCACGAUGUUAGUGAUAAGAACAUGGCAGGAAGUAGCUUCCAAUCCCACGCACUCCCACUUCCAGCAUCAAAUUCGCCGGCAGCGAAGCAAAUGAGAGUUGUGGCCGGACUUGCAGCGUGUGGGAAGGCGCUUGAUAGGCACCUGUUUCGUGACUCUUUCUUGACGCAGAGCCACGAACUGGAUGAAAAGCUGCACCUCCUUGCGACUACUGACCGCCUACAUCACGCCUACGUACGCGCAGCUCUGGCAAAAGUGCUACCAGCGGCACAGACACAAGGCCAGAACCGCGGAGCUGAAUUGGCGAUCAACGAGGUCAUGACGGCUAUAGGUCGAUGGGCUCGAGACGAGCGAGCACUGAGAUCCGGAUUAGAGAACAUCUGUAAUAAGGCACUGAAGUGUUGGGCGCUAGCUUGGCAGGUGUAG